UCACGCUCCGUGUCCGUGAUGUGAUGCAGUGAUACCAGCAGCAGUCGGACUGGACGCGCCAACAUUUCAUUUUCCUACAGCGGAGACUUUAAUGGUGCGUUCAGACCAAACGUGGAGAUAAUAUUCGCCUGGCGUCUCUCCACAUGGCUGUACGUGAGGCCGCCCGGCGUCCAGGUGUCAGCAGCAGAGCGUCCGUCAGUCUGUCUCCAGCUUCUUCACAGGUGUGUUAGAAUCAAUAACUGGUCACUGUGAUCAGACUGAGUCAGUCUGUCUCACUGCAUCAGGACCAGAACUGACAGAUUCUCUGGUGUGAACAUCUUUCACCAGACAUGCAAACUGCUGUGCUGAGACGUAUUUCAGUGACUUACCAGGCAGUCUGACUUCCUCGCUCACGUUCCUCCACGUCAGCGUUCAGAGUCAUUGUCCAGCGGUGGGUGAUCAUCAUCCUCUCCUACAUGGUUGUUCUGAACGUCUGGACAUCAGCAGCGUUAACGAGGCUUUAACGACAUUUUCAACUCACGAACGACACAGAUUUACAUGUGUUCACGUCAUCGGAGCGAAAACAUGAGAAUUUGCAUCGACUCAUCAACUUUCCUUCUCUUUUUAUUCAUUACACAGUGUAAAUGUAAAGCGUUUCUUUCUCCUCUGACAAACAAAAUCCAGGACUCGGCUGUUUUCCGUUGAGUUAACGAGGAGUUUCAUCUCGUCCUGAAGAGAAACUUCACGUCAGACAGUGUGCGGUUGUAUUCUUCUGUAAAUCAGGCGUCAGAAUGUUUUAAAUUCUCGCUCCUCCUGGAUCCUGGAUCCUGGUUCAGAGCGCUGCUCUUCAAAACUCUAACAGAAUGAACGUGUGAUGUUUCCAUCCUGUCAGUGAACACGUCACAGUACGAAGGACAUUCGGUCCGGAGGUGGAGACUUCUGACUUCCAGUCAGGUUUGUGUGUGCACACUGCCGACCUCUGCUGACCGAGCCGGCUAACUUCAUGUUUAGCGCCCAGCUAACUUUCUUUUUAACACCAGGCUAACUUCCUGUUUAGCGCCUAGCUAACUUUCUUUUUAACACCAAGCCAACUUCCUGUUUAGCGCCCGCUAACUUCCUGUUUAGCGCCCGUCUAACUUCCUGUUUAGCGCCCGGCUAACUUUCUUUUUAACACCAGGCUAACUUCCUGUUUAGCGCCCAGCUAACUUCCUGUUUAGCGCCCGGCUAACUUCCUGUUUAGUGCCCGGCUAACUUUCUUUAUAACACCAGGCUAACUUCCUGUUUAGCGCCCGGCUAACUUCCUGAACCUAACUGAAUCAUGUGUCUGUUUAAUGGACUGAGCGGAGACAGGAAGCGGGUCGUGUCUCGGGGUCUUCGUGGUCACAGUGUGUCACUGACCCUGACGGACCUCCUGGGUCAUUUGUUACAGGCUGCAGCUCUAACUCAGUCUCAGGUCCGUCAGGUCUCACCUGUGCUCCUCCUGCAGACAGCAGACGGGUCGCUGCCUCUCCGCCGCUCGGAGCUCAUCUCCAGACCUCCGGAUCUCGUCCUCUCUCACCGGGAGCUCGACUCUCAGAACCCCGUGUGAAAGUUCUCCUCCUGUGUUCUGGACUUCUCGGUUCGUCUGGACCCGGAUGCAGAGAUUACAUGAAGGUUUCAGCGGACAGAUGUCGGAUGGAUUCUUCUUCUUUCUUUGUUUUUUGCUGUUUGGUUCGUGAAACUUUGCUGAGUGAAGUUUGUGGAAACAAAGUGAAGAGUUGUUGAUCCGAUGCGUCCGGACCGGCCGGAACCAGAGCAGCGACACCGGGGAGACAGAGACACGAUCACCGGCUGCAGGACGUGCAUGUCUCCGCUCCCCACCGGCACCGAGGUUUCUACUUCCUGUGACAUCAUCGCACCAUGCCUGAGGGGUCACGGCGCGGCAGCCAGAGAUCGCCUAGCAACACCGCCGCCAAGCGUCCCUCCUCAGUCUCGUCUCUGAGUGGGAUUGUGGGUAGGAUGAUGUCGUCCGGCGACCGAGGAGCCUCGUCCUCAUCCUGCACCUCCGUCAACACCGUCUGCUCGGAUGGCGAGCGUCCCGCCUCCCUCUCCCUCUCCUCCUCCGCCUCCUCCGUCUCCCUGCAGGACACCUCCCACUCCUCCUCCUCCUCUUCCUCCUCCUCCUCCUCUCUGCCGUACGGCGCUGUGCCAACAUACAACGCCUGUUCGUCAUCGUCAUCGUCCUCCAUGCCAAAGAGGAACGGCUCCGACAUCAGCCUGGACCUCACGCCACUUGUCACGCCAGGAGGGAGAGGAGGAGGCGGAGUCUGUGUUACCAAGGUGGCAGGUGGAGGCUUACCCACUAAUGGACAUGUGGCCAAUCAGGCGGCGGCAGCAGUGGCCACGCCCAGACAGCUUUCACGGCUGGAGCGAGUCAUGCUGGAGAUCGUAGAGACGGAGCAAGCGUACGUCAGAGAUCUGAAGAGCAUCGUGGAGGAUUAUCUCGGCUGCAUCAUCGACUGCGGCGCUCUGCCUCUGAAGCCGGAGCAGGUCAGCACGCUGUUCUGCAACAUCGAGGACAUUUACGAGUUCAACAGUGAUCUCCUGGAGGACCUGGAGAGGUGUCCUCACGCUGCCGCCAUCGCCGACUGCUUCGUGGAGAGGAGUGAAGCCUUUGACAUCUACACUCUCUACUGCAUGAACUACCCAAACUCGGUGGCCGUCCUGAGGGAGUGUAUGAAGAACCAGAGUCUGGUCCGGUUCUUCCAGGAGAGACAGACGACUCUGAACCACUCGUUACCUCUGGAGACGUACCUGCUCAAACCGGUGCAGAGGAUCCUCAAGUACCACCUGCUGCUACAGGAACUUUCGAAGCACUUCGAUAAGAGCGACCCGGGGUAUGAGGUGGUGGAGGACGCCAUCAUCACCAUGACGGCGGUCGCCUGGUACAUCAACGACAUGAAGAGGAAGCAGGAACACGCAGUGCGACUGCAGGAAAUCGAGUCCCUGCUGGUGAACUGGAGCGGGCCGGACCUGAGCGGGUUUGGAGAGCUGGUUCUGGAAGGUUCCUUCAAGGUCCACAGAGUGAAGAAGGAGAGAGCCUUCUUCCUGUUCGACAAGAUGCUGCUGAUCGCCAAGAAGAGGCUGGAGCAGUUCGUCUACAGCACGCACAUAUUCUGUUGUAACCUGCUGCUGGUGGAGACGCUGAAGGAUCCUCUGUGUUUCAGAGUGUCGGAUCAGACGAUUCCCAAACAGCUGCACGUGGUCCAGACGAAGAACCAGGAGGAGAAGAGGCUGUGGGUUCACUACCUCAAGAGGCUGAUCGUGGAGAACCAUCCGGCCUCUCUGCCACAGAAGGCGCGGCAGGUCCUGGGAGACAACUUCUGUCAGUCCCCUCAGUUCGACCAGGACAACCUGAAGAAGUCGGCGAAGCCGUCUCGCCUGGACGACAUCCACGGCUUCCACAGAGGCAGACGUCAGUCAGGUCAGGAGCCUCCAGAGCUGCUGAUGUACACACCUGAGAAGUCCAGGAAGAGUCUGCCGCUGCUGCUGGAGGGAAACCUGCCGUACAGACGCAGCAGGCGACAGUCAGCUCCGGCUAAAGACAUCGAGGCGGCCUUUCAUCCCAACGCUCUGAAGGCGGGCAGUGAGGGCGAGCUGUGCCAGGCCGACAGUCUGGGCUCAGCAGGCAGCAGCAGCACGCUCGCAUCCUCCGUCAUCGAGGUCGAGGCUGAGAGACCCGAACCGGGCCUGACGCUGCGAACAAACCAGGAGGAGGAGGAGGAAGAUGAAGAGGAGGAGCUGACCCCCCUCAGUCCUCCUCCCACCCUGUCCAUCACAGAGGAGAUCCUGGAGUUCAUCAACCAGAGCCGAGCCCGGGAGGGACUCACCGCCAUCCACACCGACACAUCGGAGGAUCGGGUCUUCGAUCAGCCCAAAGAGUGUCGACCUUCAUCCGACCAGACUAACUUCACCUGCCCGCUUCCUCCGGUCGCCUCCCCCUCCAGCCCAGAGCAAAGACCCACAAUGCAACAGGAGCAGGAAACAGCAGAGAUGGAGAAUAGCAGUGUCCUUCAAAGUCCAACCGGUGACUGCAAAGAGGAAACUGUAUUUGAAGAUGAGACAGCUACAGGUGAAGUCAAAGAAACUCCAGAUGCAACAAGUCAGGUAGAAAAGGGAGUGACAGCUGACAGAGGAGUGGUUGAAGAAGAGGAAGAGGAGAUGAAAACAAGGGGUGAAGAUGAAGGAGAGAGCCUCAUCCCUGCCCUCACAUCAGAUCUUCAUCCUCCCCUGUCAGCAGAGGAAGGAAGAGAGAACAGUGAAGCGAACACUGAGACCAGCGCCUCCUCUCCAAAUCCAGAUUUUCUUCACCCCAUCCAGAGACGGCAGCCACUCACGAGAGGCUCUCACCUCACCAAACGCGACAAGAAGAUCAUCGAGAAGAUCAGGAGCUACUACGAGGCAGCCGCUGAGGCCGAGGAGGACGAGGCAGGGGAGGAAGAGGAGCAGGGAGAAGGAGCGGCAUCGAGAAGGAGAAACAGUUUCUCACAAAUCCCAUCUGGCCUGGUGAAGGAGUCGGUAUCGCGCUUCGAUGUGGGCGGACACCAGGGGGAGCCAGAGAGCGAACAGUCAAAGGAUGAAACAAGUGAAGUGACUGAGCCCGAUCCAGCUGCCGGUCCAGUCUCUGCUCCGACUCCACUCUCAGCAGAUGCAGAGGAAGAUGGACAGGCAGAUAAACCAAUCAGCUCUCUGGAUGCCGAUGCCAUCACGUCACCGAUCUCUGACGUCACACAGGAUAAGGAGAACCCAAACGUGGAGGAUCAGAUUCUGCAGCUGAACCCAAAACCUGUUGGAGAGGAGGCUGAGAUACAGGACGGCGAUGGGAAAGUCUGCGAAGUACAACUGGAGGAGAACCAGAAGGAGGCAACAAGUGUUGUGGCUGCUGGGCAGAAGUGCACAGAUGAAACAACCAAAACCAGUACAAGAAACCAAAAUGUUACCAAUGGGCAUGAGCAAAACCAAGCUGGUCCAGCAGAACUGAAUGGAAGCUGCAAAGAACCCACUAAACCUCAGCCACCUUCAGAACAAAAAACUGAAACCCAAACUCAGUCCUCCUGGGUUAGAACCAAAAACAGAGACCUGACUAAGACGAGCAGGAACCUUGAGAGUCUUCCCAGUCAGAUCAAAGUGGGUCGAUGGUCCCACCACUCCAGAAUUGUCACUGCGAACCGGGCCUUGUUUGAGAGCAUGGGCUCGGAUGUAGCCAGUAUUGUGUUAUUUGAGGCCAGUCCAGUGCAGGACCCUCUGCUGAUGGAGAACUCAGAGCGGAUUCUGAGUAAAGUCCAAACGCUGGCCCAGAUGUACAGCACCAAAGCCAGCACCAUGAAGGUCCCGCUGCAUCAGAAACGGGCCGGCGCUAUUCGGAACCCAUCAUGGGGCUCAGGUAGAGUGUCGGGUCUUUCAGCUCAGACCCAAGCUAAAGGUCUGACUCAAAUACAGACCUCAACUACACAGAACCAAAAGGAAACCAUCAAUCAAUCAGAUCAGACCAAAUACAGAACUCAAACUCACUCAGAGACCAAAGUUCAGAGCCAAACCCUGAUGCAAACGAGGCAUCAAUCAAAGGUCCAAACUAAAAGCCCGAUGUGGAGUCAAACCAAGACUAAGAGCCAAACUGUGAGCCAGGACGAUCAGACGAUCCACGAGGAGAGGACGAUCAAGAGAGCAGAGAGCCUGACGGACGACUUCCAGCAGGCAGUGAUGGCCCCCUGUGACCCUCUGCUGUUCGGUCAUGUGUUGGUCAAAGAGCAGCUGAUGCCAGCUAGUCAACACCAGACAAAUGGAUUCACCCUCUCCAGGCCCAGAGACUUCAUCUCUGCCUUGACCAAAGAAAGAGACUCCAGUGUGGACUGUAGCUCAGGUGAUAACUCCCAGACUUCCACCACACCUGGAGGAAAUCCAUCCACGGUCCUGACUAACAGCUACAACUCCGGCUACAUCUCCUCUGAUGCUGCUGAAGGGUCCAGGCAUCGCCUCAGAGCACAACUUCAAGCUCAGAGUUCCUGCUUCAGCUCAGCUUCAGAUGACCCCUACAGUCAGGACGGGGAGGUUGAUUCAGAUACUGAGGAGACAGCGAAAAGAGAGAGGUCGGAGCUGACUGAUGGAUGUCCGGUCCACCCAAUCAGAGCAGACUCAGCCCAGCCGGCACACCCUGAAAACCUCCCCGCUCACAGCAAGCCACCGAGCGAAAUCUCCAAAGACGGAGAGAAGAUUAAAGAUAAACAUGAGCCAGAAGACAAAUCUUCCACUGGACGUACUUAUAAUCAGGACGUGCAGACGCCUGAAUACUUGGGUUGCACAGGACUUGUGGGUGGAGAGGCGUCCCCAGGAGAGCUGGUACUGACGGGAACAUCGACACAGAACCAGGAUCCAGCAGAGGACCACAGAGCCACAGCGUCUCACCGGCAGCUGAGGGGAGACGAGGCCCACAUGGGAACAGUCGUACGGGUGGAGGACGGCGCCACAACACCGAGAGAGAAGACGAAGAACGACGUGAAGGAGUCGUCAUCACAAACCAGGAUGAUUCUACAAGGAUCAGCUGUGAUCUUUACAGAGGAGCCGGCUCAUUACAGAACCUCAGGAGGACUGACCUUUGACCCCUCACAGGUAGUAACAGAAACUCCAGAGGAUCACAAACCAAGAGCACCAGGUCAGAAGUCUUGGGCUGAACCGAAUAUGACCCAAACAAGCUCUCCGUCGGUGCAGUCUGUCGACUUCCUGCCGACGUUCACCAGCCAGAGGCCUCCAGACCUGCCCACCGCGACGGGGAAACGGGCUCCGUCUAACACCAGGGACGACUGUCACACCUCUCCGUAUGAACACAGUUUCAGGGAACCGGACCAGCAGAGUCCACGAUCCCCCACAGGCCUCCCUUCAGGCAGCCGCCCAUCCUCCAGGCCCUCCCUGGAGAGACCUUCCCCGGCUAUCGCCACCCCUGGUCGGGAUGCAGACCCGGCCACGGCCCCCUCAGCCUUCAGACCAAACCUAAGACAGCGCUACCCUUCCCCUGUUAGAGCUCCUCCUCCCUCCUCACCGUUCAGGAUAGUUCCUUCAUCCUCUCCCAGCCCUGUACCUGCUGAGGACACCUCCCUGAGCGCUGCCUCCAGGGCUCCUCCCUGUUUCUCUCCAGCGCCGUCUUCCUCUCUCCGCUCGCCCCCAUGCUCCUCCCCCACAGCUUCUUCCUCUGCGUUCUCCAGAUCGUUAGCAGCCUCCUGUAUCAGCCAGUCCAUCAGUCAGAGCAUCGCGAGAAAGAACACUGCCCUGCAACAAGCCCCACCCCCAAGCCAGAGCCCCGCCUCUCACCUCCGACAGCGCUCUCCUUCCCCUAAGCUUCUUCCUGGUCAGCAGGGCUCCAGCUCGCCUGCACAUUCCCAGCUGGGGUGCUCUAAAGAUGGCUACCAACCUCCAAGAUAUCCGCCGACCUCUCUCUGGUCGUCUUGCCCUUCUCCGUCUCUCAUGCAGCCCCCCUCUCCCUCUCUUACCCAACGCUCUCCCUCCCCAACUGCCAGUCAUCAUCCUCACUCCUCUCCGUCACCUCGGCCCUCAUUCCUUCACUCCAAAACCGGCUCAUCACACAAUGCAAACAGCAAUAACAACAACAGUACCUUAGCUGCCGCGAGCUGUAGCGUUAACCGUGGCGUCAGUAAUGGCGGUUGGUCAGGGAGUCAACAAAAGACUCCGCUCGCUAACAGUAGCAUGAACGCCACAGUGAUGCAACAAACCCACGAUCCUCUCUGGUCAGGCUCCCACAACCGUGUGGCUCGGCCUUUUUCUGCAUCCGAACCCAGCUCACGAGUCCAGUCCCCGUCCCCCUCUCCGACCCCUGCCUCAUUUACUCGACUCUGCUCGCCGCCACCUCAACAUAACUACUCCUCCCCCAUGGCGAACAAACCCCCCCAUCCCCGGAGCACACGGGUCGGAGGCACAAGUUCCCACAACCCACUUGGACUCACUUUGGAGCUACCCAGGGCCUCUUCAGCAAGUUCGGCAUUAGGGCAGUCCUCCUUGUGCCCGAGCCCUCGGAUCCUUUCCCCUCCUCCGAUUGGCGUGUCAGUGAAUGUUUGGACCAAUAACGUUGCAGUGCCUCAACCUAGAAACCCUCGAUAUGCUCCCCCCUCUCCUUCUCCGUCCUUCACCUCCUCGUUAGGCUCACCAACACUGGAGCACGCCUCUUUCCCCACGUCAUCUUCGCUCUCACUGCGUAGUUCCCGAGCCUCCUCGCCAUCUCAAAGCCUCCGCAGAUCUUUGUCCUCCACCCUGGCAGAUACACCCUCUAGCCCAGCCCGAAGCAACUCAAGUGGACUGCGCCGCUCCUGGACAGAAAGCAGCCGCAGGUCACUUGGUUUUAGCAGUACUGGCCGAGGGUCAUUUGACCAGCAUGAGUCCUGUCCGACCAGUCCGAGGAGUGGAUGGUCCUCAUAUGGCAGCUCACCAUCCUGCCUCAGCCCUCGAGCCGGGCUUCAGUCCCCGCUCUCCCCGAGCAGGCUCACGCCGGGGACGGGCACCCUUGGCGGGCAGCAUUUCACCAGCGUGCCCUGGCCAGAUGUGCGAGAGCUUUCAAGCAAAUAUAACGGAGCUGAUAGUCUCGAUGCAAGUGCUUCUUCCACCAACAUCGCCUCCUCUCCUGCUUCAUCAGACCCCCAGACAGACUGGGGAGACCCGGAGCUAGAGGAGGGAAACUGUCGUAGCCAGCUGAUCUGCGCCUACGUUGCCCGACCCUCCCGAGAUCAAAACCACUCCACCUCAUGCGUUCUUCUCUCCUCCUCAGGCAUGACCUCCCCUCCACCCGUCCCUUACCAGCACCACAACUACCAAUCCCAAGUUCAACCACAGCCUCAGGUCCAAACUGCCACCAUGACACCAUCGAUGCCCUCAGUCCCGUCCCCCUUGCCCUCGAAUUCGUCACCACUACCCUUUGCCCACACAUCUCCAACCAAACAGAGCAACCAGAAGACCAGUUACGCCACCACGGUCAACCUCAAGAUCGCUGGAAGUGGCCGAAUAACAUCCUUCAGCACUGCCCAAGUCAGCCUGACCCAAACCCUGCAGGGUGGAGUUGGAGCUGGAGGACCAGGACCGGGCCAGGUGACGAGGAGAGUGAGCAUCAAUGGACUCUCGCACCUUCCUUCACCUCUUCCGUCUUAGAACUGGCUGCGAGAGGAAGAGAGAAGUCUGAUGACAGAAAAAUAAAAGGCAUUAGAAAAAGACUCGAGCGGCUCGUGAACUGCGAUGAGUCCGCCUCGAUGAAAAUGAUAUUUCUCAAAUGUUCAACUUGGGAAACAAAUCUGAGGGACAUGAUGAAUGUUGGAUUCUGAUUUGAAGACGUGCCCCUCGCCGUGAUGCCAUGUGUUUGGGAUCAGACUACAAAUUCAACUUUGGUAGCUCCUGGAAAAGUCUCAUAUCCCAGAAUGACACGUUUCAAGGCUGAACAUUCGACCUGCGCCAAUGACUCUGAACGGAUAGAAAAGUCAUAAUAAUGUAGAAAAAAAAAGUACAAAGAAAUAUGGUUUAAAUGGAAAUGAGUCACUUUUCUGUGAUCUUGCUGGAUGAAACCCUGAGCGUCCACAGCUGGAAGCGACCUGAAGUCGUUCCUCUCUGGACUCUUUCUGUGGAGGAACAUUUCAUGUGAGACACUUUUGUAAAAAUCCUGUUAAAUCUGUAACUUUUUAGCAUUUAAUGAGCUGCAGUGCAUCCAAACACCGAACAUGUUGAAGGUCCAGCAUCCAACCAGUGCUGUAUGCAAUCCCAGUUACUUAAUGUGUUUUUUAUUAUUAUUAUUAUUAUUAUUAUUAUUAUUGAUUGUGGUGUCUGUUUUUUUUGUCAUAUUCUUUUGAUCAAACAUGGAUGCCCCUCAGUGUUUAAGGUCGCUGAUAGCUGUGGUUAUUAAUAAUCUUCAUUUUUAACAGUUUUUUAUUAUUAGUUUUUUUUAUUAUUGUAUUGUUUAUUUAUGAAUUUAGUCUUAUUCUCUCUGGCACUUAUUAUCUUUAAAGUAAUGUCUGUAUUUUGCACAGUGUCCUCAGCUCUUUGUGUGUGUGUGUGUGUGUGUGUGUGUGUGUGUGUGUGUGUGUGUGUGUGAUAUGACGUGUCUGGGAGGUUGUCCUUUAACUUCAGACCAAGCCGAUAUCUGUGUGUGUGUGUUUCCGGUGUUGGAUGUGCGUCGGAUGUUUCAGCUCUCUCCUGUUGUCAGCGUCCUUCAGUGAAGCCCUGACAGGAUCGCGGGUCGUAUGAGACGACGCUCCCUGGCACACGAGGGUUUUAUUGACUUUUGUUGUUAGUCUUAAGUCCUCUCCUGUCACCAGAUGUCCAUUAGGUCCACUUCAGUCUCACACUUAGACCAAAUCAAAGUCUCCCAUCACUUAACAGUGAUGCAGAAAACAUCUGUCUUAAUGUGAGUAACACGUUGGGGAAGUUUUCAUGUUGACAGCUGUUAAAGACGUCUGAUCUUUAUCUUUAAAAUGCAUGAAAACCGUCAAGUUUUUAAUUUAAUUUAAUUUCAGCAGAAAGAUUUGUUCAUUUAUCAAAGCCUAUGAUUAGUUUAUGGAGAUAAUUGACUUUUUAUGGCUGCAGACUGUAUUAUCUCAUUGAUAAUUGAUAGUGAUAAAUGACUUCAGUAAAAAUGUUUGACUGAUAUCAACAUCAUGAGACUUGAUGUGCGUAAACAGCCAGGGAAGCGUCACGGUGACGGCGUCACUGUCGAGUGAUGCUGGUUUCUGUCCCGUGUGGUUUCUGCAGGACGCUGGAGAGAGUUAAUUGUGUUGGGGAGGUGGUGAAAAGGGAAAUAUUAAGUAAAUCUUCAUCCAGUAACCUUCAUAGACUCAGUGAGAUGUUUGGAAAAUAAAGGUAUGUGGUGCAAAAUCAACAUGAAGUGA